AUGGGGAAUGAUACUCUACAACUCAGUGAGAAUGAGGUAUUCACUCUCACAAUUAGUCUUGACCGUCAUGACUGUGAAGGUUACCCAAAUCAAGACUCUUCAGAGAGAUACAAAUUGAGUGUCUCUGCUGGGCAAGCAUCUCUGAAUGCAGAAACUGUGUGGGGUUCUCUAAGAGGUCUUGAAACCUUCAGUCAGUUGGUGUAUCAAGAUGAUUUUGGCUCAUAUUAUAUUAACAAGACUGAGAUUGAGGACUACCCACAAUUUAACUAUAGAGGAAUUUUACUGGACACUUCACGCCACUACUUACCAGUGCAGGCCAUUUUAAAAACUCUGGAUGCAAUGGCCUACAGUAAGUUUAAUGUAUUUCAUUGGCACCUUGUUGAUGAUCCAUCAUUCCCUUACCAAAGCCACAAAUUCCCAGACCUUUCCAAUAAGGGGGCUUUCCAUCCAGUGACUCACAUCUACACACAGUCAGAUGUGAGAAGGGUGAUCUCAUAUGCCAGGAUGCGAGGAAUAAGAGUCCUUCCGGAGUUUGAUUCACCAGGCCACACAAAAUCUUGGGGAAAAGGUCAGUCUGAGUUGUUGACUCCCUGCUACAGAGGGGGCACUCCUUCAGGGACUUUUGGACCUGUUAAUCCAACACUGCCUUCCACAUAUCAGUUCAUGGCGUCACUUUUGAAGGAAGUGGCCUCUGUGUUUCCUGACCCUUAUAUCCACUUAGGAGGAGAUGAGGUUGACUUUUCUUGCUGGAGAUCAAAUCCUUACAUUCGUGCAUUCAUGCAUAAGAUGGGUUUUGGAUUGGACUUUUCUAAACUGGAAGCAUACUACAUUGAAAAAAUUGUGAACAUCACAUCAGUACUCAGGAAGACAUCCAUUGUGUGGCAGGAUGUUUUUGACUACCAUGAACGAGUAAAAGAUGAUGGACACCAUACAAUGGUGGAGGUGUGGAAACAGGGCUGUUACCUUUGUGAAGUACGCAGGGUUGUUAAAGCUGGACUCAGGGUGAUUCUGGCCUCUCCGUGGUAUCUGGACCAGCCUGGACCCACACACAACUGGGCCCGCUACUAUAAUGUGUGGCCACUAGCCUUCAAAGGUACUGAGAAGCAGAAGAGUUUAGUGAUCGGGGGAGAAGUGUGUAUGUGGGGGGAAUAUGUAGAUGCUACCAACCUGUCCCCACGUCUCUGGCCAAGAGCAAGUGCUGCAGCUGAGAGACUGUGGAGCAAUGAGAGGCAAACCUCCUGUGUGGAAAGAGCAUUUCCACGACUACAGGAAUUUCGAUGCAAGCUCCUGAGACGUGGAAUCCAAGCUGAACCUCUUUAUGUGGGCCACUGCAAACAUGAGUAUCAAAGUGUUUAAAGGAUGAUUUUGCAUGCAACCUUUUUAAUCAUUUGUAAAAAGAGAAGAAGAAAAAAAGAAAGAUCAAAGAAAAUACAAGGAAAAUGCAAUACGUGACACAUU